CUUGUCUUCUUGCCAUGCCUAGCUUAAGCUCUCCUCUUGCCCCCAAGGGGCAGCUGAAGCUCGCCACCGCCGUUCUCCUUAUCCUCGUCCCCAUCGUUCUCUUUGCUAGCUCAUGCGAAGCCCGAGGUCUUCGAGUCCAUGGCAAUAAUGGCGGCUCGAGCAAGUCACCUCUACCAGGCAAGGAUGUGGCAAGCUGCUUGAAGGUUGACGGUUGCUUGAAAAGGCAGACAGGGUCUAGAUCAGAGGUCGACACUGAAAUGGAUCAUCACAUGGUUCCCGCGGAUGCAAAGGUGAAGGAAGGAGUGGCCAUGGCAUCACAUGCAGGUGAAGUUCGAGCCACGAUUGUUGGUAGGGUUUCGCAGAGGCUUUCUCGGCAGGAGGACGCCGGGUUCCAUCUGGAUUAUGCGGGGCCUAGAACACAUCCCCCGUCUCACAAUUAAUGUGAUCAUAUCACAUCGUGACCUUCGGUUUCCUCUAAUUUUCUCAUAUCUAAAGUGAUCUAUGUACAUGAGUUUUCGAGCGCUAAUUAGUUCUGGUUCAAGCUGAGGUCCUACAUGUGCCCAAUGGUUACCAAUCUUUCUAGUUUGCUUAGAGCAGUCCACUUUGGUUAGGUAGUUAAUUAUAUUGUUGGUAGAGUACUCUAGCUAGAUAUAUAGCUAGAAAUUUU